GAAAUUGGGACAGAUAAUCGCGAAUACAACUAAUGGAGAAAGGACGAGAAGAGGAGGACGUAGCAGCCUCUUCUCCUGCUGUUGAAUGCAGCAGUGUCACUGCAGCCUGCAAAUGUUCUGGAAUUGCAGAGAGCACAGCACGGGCAGAAAGGCACCCAGAAUCCUGGUGGGUGUACCUCUCCUGCCCCCAGACUGAGGGAUACCUGAGACCAGAGACCUUCCCCGACGUCUCUACACGGUGCCUGGCGUGAGGAGAGAGCCUGCUGAAUGCGCAUAGCACAGCAGGGGCCGGACGUGGCUGGAAGGUAGCUCCCGUCCUCCCCCUGGACUUCACAGACCCCAUGUGGCCUUCAGUCAUCCUGUUGUGCUUGGACUCUGGCCAGUCUCCUGCCCUGCUAUGCCAUGUUCCUUCCUCUGCCAUCCACCUUGGGUCUCACCUGCCCUCAGAACCUUCGGAGUCCUGCAAGCCCUUCCUCUGAGUCUCCCGGAACUUCCCUUCCCAGGCUGCUACUGCUCUGCCAUGACCACAGCAAGGUACCGGCCCACCUGGGACCUGGCCCUCGACCCACUGGUGUCCUGCAAGCUCUGUCUGGGGGAGUAUCCGGUGGAGCAGAUGACAACCAUAGCCCAGUGCCAAUGCAUCUUCUGUACUCUGUGCCUGAAACAGUAUGUUGAGCUCUUGAUCAAAGAAGGAUUAGAAACUGCAAUUAGCUGCCCAGAUGCUGCCUGCCCUAAACAGGGUCACCUACAGGAGAAUGAGAUCGAGUGCAUGGUUGCGGCUGAAAUUAUGCAAAGAUAUAAAAAGCUACAAUUCGAAAGAGAGGUGCUCUUCGAUCCCUGUCGGACAUGGUGCCCAGCGUCCACCUGCCAGGCCGUGUGCCAGCUCCAGGACCUGGGGCUGCAGACCCCACAACUGGUGCAAUGCAAAGCCUGCGACAUGGAAUUCUGCUCAGCCUGCAAAGCCAGCUGGCAUCCUGGCCAGGGCUGCUCAGAGACUCUGCCAAUCACCUUCCUUCCUGGGGAGACCAGCUCUGCUUUCAAGCUGGAAGAGGACGACGCGCCCAUCAAGCGCUGCCCCAAGUGCAGAGUCUACAUCGAGCGAGACGAGGGCUGUGCACAGAUGAUGUGCAAGAACUGCAAGCACGCCUUCUGCUGGUACUGCCUGGAGUCCCUGGACGACGAUUUUCUGCUGAUACAUUACGAUAAGGGACCCUGCCGGAACAAGCUGGGCCACUCCCGGGCAUCUGUGAUCUGGCACCGGACACAGGUUGUGGGCAUUUUUGCUGGAUUUGGGCUCCUGCUCUUGGUGGCCUCACCCUUCCUUCUGCUGGCCACCCCCUUUGUGCUCUGCUGCAAAUGCAAGUGCAGUAAAGGUGAUGACGACCCACUCCCCACCUAGAGAAAGACAUGCAGCUGGAACAAGACCCCUGCCUCUGGGAAUUGUGGCUCUCCCCACCCCACCCCACCGUAUCCCUCUCACUAAACAUCUUUCUUGCCUUAUGUGCCCCAUUGAGCUUCAGAGUGUCAGGCUGGAUGCCGCCAUUUCAGGGACUGGUGUCAGAAUGUUUGCCGAGGCCCCAGGUGUGGUCACCUAGGCAUGGGGAAGGCAAGCAGGUGUGGGUAGGGCAGGUCCCCCCAGACUCCGUCUCCGCAGACUUGGCAGGUGCUGUGGGAAGCUCACCAGGCAGUCUCUCUCUGUGGUGAUAGACUAGGAACGCCGGAUGGUGGCCUGAGAGACCUACUGAUGCGAACGUCGUCCAUCUCCUCGGCUUCAAGAUGGCGCCAUGUUGUUGCGUAAAGAAGUCUUUCCAGGAAGACAACUCACUUCAGACAGAAUCUGAUUAUUCCAAUUUGAGAAAAGCACUCUGUUUAUGACAACUGUUUUUACUACUAAUGGCAUUUAGUAAAAUCCUUUUUAGAAGGCUUUUUUUUUUUCCAACCAAGUAGUGGAAAUCAACAAGGUGCAUAUAAACCAUCCUCUGCCUUUCUUGAAAUGUGCAUUUUAAGAAGUUAUAGUUAAAUGACUUUUCCUGGCUUGGCCACUUAUCAGGAGAUUUAGAACGCCUUAUGCACUCUGUGUUUUUCUUGAAACUUGCUGUAAUAACUUUGGAACGCUGUCAGCUGUGUACUGUUACAAACGUGGUUCCUGUCUCGUUGCAUCUUUGGAAAUACUGACAUGUUUAAAGGAACAUCUCCAUUGGAUCGGCCUUUCCUCAUUGUCUGCCUUUGGUGAUGCAGCGCAGAGCAGCCCAGGGGCGCAUAGCUUCUCACCAGGUAUCAGCAAUGACUGUGGAAUAUCGUCAAAGCAGCUGUUUUACUCAGAAAUGGUUCUACUUGGAAUCAAUAGAGUUUGACCUCUUGCUUCAGUCUUCCAGGAGAUAAGAAGAAAGUUAUCUGCUCCUAGAAGCAGGGCCUCCCAGCAGAGGUUGGAGAACUCCCAGGGGCUGGGGAGGGAUUUCUGGAUUUCCACAUUGUUUAAAUGCUUCAGUUACUUUGAAAAUCACCUUUCGUGCACAAUUCUUUGUUCCAAAUCUUGUUGCUAACCAUUUUGCCCUUGCUGGGAAAAAACCUCCCUGUCUCUUAGUUACUCUGAGGUAGGAUUUUACCACGUGUCUUCCCCAGGGCUGUGUGAGGCUGUUUCACGGUGGCAGAACACACAGAUCCGUACAGAGACACGCUGGUCCGUACAGACUGGACCAGGAAAGUGGAGAAAGUAUGUUCUUCAACAAGAAUUAACUUUCAAAGCCCCAUGUGUGUCUAAGGAUCAAAAGGUAGAUAUUGUAGUUUUGUUAUCAUAUUGAUAGAAUUUCUUGAAGAUUAUGAAACAUUCCACAAAGAAGUAAAGCCAAAACAGAACCUUUCUCUCUCAGCUAUCUGCUCAUGGCAAGCACAUUUUUUCAGUGUGGAUAUUUUAUGUGUGUUUGAUUUGUACCUUUGUGUCUCCAUCUUGGGGCCUAGUUUCCCUUCCCUGUAGAGAAGUUUCUUUAUUUCUUAACCUUGAGUAGGUCUGAGGAAACAACCUCACUUCACUCUCCAUCUCUAGCAUGAUUUGCUCUGUGAAACUGAAACAAUUUACAGCACCAGCCCGUGUUGGCCUGGCGUCUGGGAGUUCUCAUAAUGGCAGUUUGAAAGUUCAGUAGAUGAAUGAGACCAUGCGUGACAUGGUCUUUCUGGACGAGGCUAGCCGGGAAUGAGGUUGAAGCUGUUGCGGUGGAGUCUCAUGGUAGAAGGGCAGUUCUGGCCGGGCAGCAGCUCCCGGAGUCAGUGCCCUUUACUUGAGGCCUCAGCCUGUGACUUGUGGAUGCAGCUGUCCAGCUCGUGCGCUGUAAAAUGCCUAUCAAAGAGGGCGCUUGGGGCGGGCCUCCGUCACAUCCCAGUCCUUCUGCUGAGACAGCUGCUGCCCUCCACACGAGCCCGUUCAGCAGUACCCUUGUCCUUGGGUGGAAGUCAGAGCCCUCGGGAAAGUGGUGGUCCCAGGGCUAGAGCUCAGAUGUCCUUACUCCUAAAGGGAUGGAUGGAGUGGAGGAGGAGUCUCUGGCCCAGGCACGCACAUCGGCAGCCCCGGCCAUCCUCGUACACACCUCGUGCAUCCCCUCCACCACACCAGGGUGUUUGCAAAAACAUGGUCUCACCCACACAGGGGCACAGAAAUUCUGGGGCCAGCCAAGGGCAGGCAAAUUACCCUCUAUCUGCUGAGUUUUUCUAUCAGACAUGCCUCAGUUUGUCCAACUUGAUUUAGUAAUAAAAUUAUAUCCAUUCCCUAUACAAAUACCAGCAAGAUCACAUUGAGAUAGAGAAACCGGCAUUUUGCCUCUCAGACUCCUUUCGUAAGGAGUGCCACACCCAUCUUGCAUGCCAGGAAGAGGCAGACUAACCGGCUGGGUGUGAAAUGUACCUACCACGAGGAGGGAGCCCUCGCUGUGCCAGCUGAUCCUGCUGCCAUGCCUCCGCGAAACCUGGGAGCACUGCAGUGAGUGGACAGACGCGUCCCUGCUGCAGCAGGGCUUGGCUUAAUUGAACAGUGACAUUAGAUUCACAGUUCUGGUUCCGAGCAGCUCCCGGUGUUUGUCCAGGUGGAAGUGUUGGCGGUGUUCAGAGUGUCCAGGCGGAGGCCUUUCAUCCUGGGGAGUAGGCGAAGAAGUCAUGUAGAGUUGGGCCCUGCUUCCCUCCUGCCGCCCAGCUGGAGUGGCUAGUGGGGCCUGUGGCAGUAGGCUGCUGAAGCCCUUGGGUAAUAACUCCAUUAGAAGGGUUUUCUGGCCCUGCCUGACCUCAUGGUCUGCGCUGCCAUGUGUCUCAUGGCCCAGCCAGCCGAGUUUGCAUCCUUGCAGGAGGUCAAUGUCCUCUGAGACAGUGACCAUGGAUGUUUGUAGAGCAGAGGUGGCCCAGCACUGAGCCCACACCGAACCUGGGCGUCUAUGAGAUCCAGUCCAGAUCAGUCUCCUUCCUCGGCAGCGAGGACCAGCAGGCUGAGGAGCCGCCACCUGCUUCAAAAAGAUUGAAGGGAACAAAUCCUCUUUCCAUGGUGUUCCAUGAAAGCGGUGUAGGGCCCAGGCCAGCUCCUGAUUAGAACACAGGGUCUACCGGGAGGGGGAAUUAUCAGACGUGCAGAAAUUACUUAAAGAUGACAUUAUUUUUUCACUUAUAUUAGAAAGGCUAAAAUUUAUUUCACAAAUUAGCAGAGAACAUUUUCCCUUGUUAGUCUAAAGAUUAGGGGAUUGAAAAGAACCAGGGUGGGCUUUUUGUAUAUUUCUCAGAUUCUCAAUAAAUACAACGUGAGCGUGUGUGUGUGUGUGUGUGUGUAUAUGUGUGUAGUAAUCGAGACAUCAAUAAGGAAAACAUUUUGCAUGUAUAAAGCUUCAUGAAGGUCUCUUUAAAAAAUACCAAAGCUUGUUUAUUCCUUUUAAGUAACCCAAGCCCUUACAAAAAUCAACAGAAUGAAAAAGAUUAUGACUGCAUUGCCAAAACACCAAAUGGCGCAGAGGGCCUGCGUUAAAGUGUAACUGCAAACGGUCAGCCAAGAGAGCAUGCUGUUUCUGUAUUUAGAGCCCUGGGGUCCCCCUCCUUGACUUGCGUCAUGCUGUCUCCCGCCACGGCGGGAGCCUGCAGUUAGGGGUAGCCACACGCCACCUGCCUGCCUUUCUUUCCUUCUUUGCUCACUUUACCACGGGUGUAUUUUAACCUUGUGUAAAAUAUGCAUGGGCGAGUCAUGCACACAUAUACAUGAUGUAUUUGACAAGUGGUGGUAAAACAACCAAUUUGGUUUGUGUUUUUGAAACGUCAGUGCAUUUUGUGCCACUAACACUGUGAUGUAUACAAGAACUGUCUGAAUGCCUUUUCAUGUCGUGUUUUGUACUUCGGAAUCAUAUGGAGCAGUUGGAUUUGUAACUUCAAUACAUAUUUUAAAUGUAUUGUGUCUUCCGUAGUCUGUCCCCCCUUUGGAAGGGAUUUCUUUUUAAAGAUAUUUUGGCUGGAAUACAGGUGACUUUUGUAAA